AUGGGAGAUCUAAACUCCAAAACCGGAAUGGACACUACCGAAUAUGUGGAUAUCAUGGAACGACAUCGAGUGGGAGAAAAGAAUGAAAAUGACGACGGAUUUUCAAAUUUCUGUGUAUUCAACAAAUCGGUUAUAGGUGGUACAAUAUUCCUCCACGAACGCAUACACAAAGAUAACUGGGUCUCAACGGAUCACACUACACUGAACCACAUUGAUCAUAUUCACAUCAAUAAGAUUUCAAGAAUGUCAAUGGAAGACGUGA